CAAGAGGCAUGGGCGAUGUGGCGUUUGGGCGCGGCCUGGGCGCGGCCCGGUGUGCUGCGCGGGGCCCGGGCCCGGGCCCGGGGUAGUGGCGCGGCAGGGGCUGCCUGUGUGGGCGGAGCGGCUGCGGGCUCUCCGACCGGCGGCCUGGCGUUGCGCUCCCGACCCGGCCCGAGCGGCGCUGGCGGCUAUAAACACCUGAUAAAAGAAGAUGGUAGGAAGACAGUUGUAUGUGUUGAGGGGAACAUUGCGAGUGGAAAAACAACAUGCCUGGAUUAUUUUGCACAAACUACUAACAUUGAGGUUUUGACAGAACCGGUGGCAAAGUGGAGGAAUGUUCGUGGUCAUAAUAUCCUGGGCUUAAUGUACCAAGAUGCAUCAAGAUGGGGGAUAACAUUACAGACUUACAUACAGCUUACGAUGUUGGAGCAGCAUACCAAACCAAUGAUAUCCCCCAUAAGAAUGAUGGAGCGAUCAAUUCACAGCGCAAGAUAUAUUUUUGUAGAAAAUUUGUAUCGAAGCGGAAAAAUGCCAGAGGUGGAUUAUGUUGUCCUAAGUGAAUGGUUUGACUGGAUCCAGAACAACACUGAUGUUUCGGUUGAUUUGAUAGUUUAUUUGCAGACUUCUCCUGAAGUUUGUUAUGAGAGGUUAAAGAGAAGAUGCAGAGAAGAGGAAAAGCUCAUUCCUCUGGAGUAUUUCGAAGCUAUUCAUCAGCUCUAUGAAGAGUGGCUCAUUAAACAUACACUAUUUGAAGUUUCCUGCCCAGUGCUUGUUAUUGGAGCUGAUCAUGACAUGCAGAAAAUGAUAGAGAAGUAUGAAGAAAACAGGGACCAGAUACUAAACCCAUCUAAUAUGCAACACCAUUUAUAGAAGUCUGCAGUUGCUGUAUUUUGUAAAACAUGUUUAUGAAGUCUGCUUUAAGGGCAAUUUUGAGUAUUAUAAAUAUUUCUAAAUAUAAUGGGGCUUGCUUUUGAAUUACACUUUGUGGACUGUUCAGUGGACUUAGUGCUAUGAAAUGUUCAGAUACAAGUCAUAAACAGAAUAUAAGUUAAUUCCCUUUCAUGUUUUUAGGUUCUCCAUCAGCUUUACUGUGUCAAUUUUACUCAGCUAAAAUGUCAGUCUUCUCCCAUUUCCCACUUCAUUGCUGCUUCCUAUAAGUAACCAAAUUUUCUUCCUUUUUGAUCCCCAAAGACAACCCUAUUUUUAUAAUUUGAAAGAAAUAGUUCCACACAGGAAGUGGGAUGUCCUUUUUUAUUAUUAGUGGAAGCAAAUAAGUUUCAAGUUAAAGCAUCAGGUUAAAGUAGCUUUGUUAAAUAGGUCUUUUCAGGUUGAAAUAGGGGGUCUUACUCUAAUCCUAUCUAUGCUAGUGCAGUUCCAUUGAAUUCUGUAAAUUUCUUCCACUUUGCAUGAAAUCGCAACAUAGUUGUUCUGAAGAUAACUAUGCAGUAGUACAGUCCCACUGAAUUCAGUGGCAAAAAAAGCGUUAACAGUUUUCAGAAGUGAUUGCAGAGUGGCUCUGAGGCUUUUUUUUUAAAAAAGGCUAAUUUCUCUCUGGUGCUCAUGAAAUCACUGGCCCUGCUAUGGCUUAGUUAAGACUAGCUAAAAUACAGGGUGCAUAGAAGUGUAUUUGUUGUUCUUUUCAAAUGGUUAUAAAAAUCCUAGAGUUAACUGAUCUCUUAACUAUUUUGUAUUCUUCAGUUGUUCUUUUUUUUUUUCACAAAGAAAAAUACAGAUGGCUGUCUGGGUUGAUAUAUCUUGAUCAGUUUAUUGUGACUUACAGGUACUUGGACAGCAGAGAAAAACAGUGGGGAUUUCAUUGUUAGCUGAAGUGUUGAGUUGCCCUUAAUUUCUGUUUGACCUCAGUGUUGUUUUCAAGAUAAUCCUUUUAAUGCAGUAGUUCUAUUUUCAUGUUACUUUUUCCGUUUGAGGGGAACGAUUCCUGAAGUACAGUGUGUGUAUAUACAGAUUUAUUUUUUUUUUCUGUAAUAGUUUUGGUUGGUUUAAUUGUAGCAAGCAUGGCUAGCAGUGCUUAAAAACACUUACUUACACAGUUGAGCAUUUGUCAUGCCUUUGUAGUGAAUGCUUCUGAAAAUGGCUAACAUCCAGGAGUUAAGUGAUCAAAAGGCUGACUGCAGACAUUUGUCUGUAACUUGUUGGAGAAUACAAAUUUUCAGUUAUAUGGCUUUUCCCUGUUCCACAUGAUUUUGAACAAUAUCUGAUGGUGUCACUUUCAGAAAUCACUUCACUGCUUUCACUUUAGUUUUGUGAGGGCUGUUUCUGUGGUAUGCCUAAAAAGCAUCGUAUUGAAGUGAUUGCUUUCCAAGUCAGGAAAUGCAGUUCUUGUCUUGUUAUUGCCACAUUUCCAUUUCUCCCUCUCCUCCCCCUCCCCUGCCAAAUCUGUACAACUUAAUGACUACUGCACUGAGAGAGCAUUUCCUAGUGAAGUACUAAAUUAGUAUACUAAAGCUUGUGAACCAAGUGCUGCCAUUCUGUUGUUCUGUUGUAAAUAUUAAGAAUUCUAGCUUAAACAUAAGAUUGUGUGUUAAGCAAUUAUCUUAUUGAAGCUUAUUUGUUAGGGGAUUGUAAUCAUUCUUUAAAUGAUUAAACAUUCAUCAUUUUUUCUUCUGUAAGUGACCAAAAGAACUAUUUCUUUGGAAAUAGUUUUAUAAGAAGUUCAGUCACCUGCAGUUUGUUCUUGAUUGUAAUUUCAUUAUGGGUUGUAUUAGCCUAGGAUGUGUAUUUUGCAAGCAGUUCAAUUGUUUUGUACAGAUUAUCUUAUAGUACAAAGAAUGUCACUGUUUAUGAGUUUUGGUUAGAUCCCCCAUUCCCUUUACUAUAUCAAACCAAUAGUGUGGAUGGAGGUUACUGAUAUUCACAGCUAUAAUGGAAUAUAGAUGGAUCAUUUAUGUAACUUAUUAAAAAAACAGAUGCGAUGGCUACAGAUAGCA